AUGAAAAUUAUAAAGUGCAUAAAAAGAAGUCUGCUUAAGAAUAUAAAGAGAAACUAGUUUAUACUAAAAAAGUAGAAGGAAUUAUAAGAGAAACAAAAGGAAUAAGAAGUAUAACAAAAAGAAGCUUAGAGUUAACAAUAGUAAAUGAUAUAUGUUUAAUGGAACGAGGGUUAGGUUUAAUAGGAUGUGAAGAUAAAAUAAAAGAAGAAUCCAUAAAAGUACGAAAGUCUUUCUCACAAGCAAAAAAUAGAUCCAUACAUCAAUACUGUUAAUGGAGGAGAAACAGAAAAAUAUUGUUGA